AUGGCAGACAACACGUCCGAUGAUGACACGCCCGAGGAGCGCAGGUUCAUCAUCAAGCUGGACCUCAUCAUGGUUCCCAACGCUGUUCUGGCUUAUUGGGUCAGAUACAUUGGUACGUUCCUGGCCAGUAUGGAGGAAGAGCUUGGUUUCAAAGGCAGCGGGCUUAUUGAGCUCCAAACCAUAUAUACCGUCGGCGCAGUUGUCGGCAUGGUCCCCUUUAUGUUUCUGUUCACGUACAUUCCGAUGUACUGGACGAUCCCCGCUAUGGAUGUCCUCUGGGGGCUUUUCACCCCGUUGCAAAACCGCGCCAGCUCGUUUGGAACAUUGGCGGCGUACCGCUUCCUUGUUGGUUUCUUUGAGGCGGCUUUCUUCCCAGCUAUGCACUAUGUCACCGGCCAUGAAAUCGCACGCAGGGGCGGCAUCUUUUACACCGGUCUUAAUCUCGGAACUCUCACAGCAGGUCUCAUCGCGGCUGGGGCCUUGCAUCGGCUCGAAGGCGUCCAGGGAAUGGCUGGUUGGCGUUGGAUCUUUGUUAUUUGCGCCAUCAUCACCAUUCCAGUCGGCAUCCUCGGCUACUUCCUCCUCCCCGGCACCUUGGAGCAGCCGAACCGCUGGAUCCUCAACGACCACGAUCUCAAAGUCGCCAAAGUGCGCCUGGAACGCGGCGGCCACGUUUCGCGCGGCAAGUUCAAGCUGGGCCAUCUCAAGAGUAUCUUCCUCAGCCCGCAGUUCUGGAUCGUUGUUCUUGUCGACGUGCUCUUCUGGAACGCUGGCAUCGACAAGAGCACAGGCAGCUUUCUCCUGUGGAUCAAGAGUCUCGGCCGCUAUAGCCCAGCUCAGGUUAACGAGAUGAGGACCAUUGCGCCGGCGCUGGGCAUUCUGUACAACCUUGUGGCGUGCUUCCUGUCCGAUCUGGCUAUUACCUUUUCCUCGCUCUGGAACGUGACGGGCCUCAUUGUGCUCGUAGUCUGGGAUGUGCCAGAGGGCGCCAAGUGGUUCGCCUUCUUGACGAUGUACUGGUCCAACGUACUCUCGAGCGUGCUCCACGGCUGGGUCAACACCAUUCUCUGGGACUCGCCCGAGCAGCGGUCGUUCACCCUGGUCAUGAUCACCAUCAUUGCCCAGUCAUCAACAGCCUGGACGCCUUUAUUGACUUUCCCGACCGUUGAAGCCCCGAGCUACCCCACAGGUUUCUCUUUCUGUCUGGGUUGUGCGGUGGCACUCAUCGCCGCAACCCACGUUCUCAACAUAUACAUCAAGCGCAAGGAGGCAGCGAGAGUUACAAGCGUUGACAAUGGAAGCGAUUACAAUUGGCACUUGACUCAUAGCACCUCUCCGGAAUUUGUGACUGGUAAGACUGCUAGUGGCAACGUUGUCCAAGCGUCACAUAUGUCUGAGGAGUCCAUCACUCGUCGAUGAGUCAAUUAACUUGCCUUUGCCAUGUUAUCUGGGAGCAAUGUUUAGGCUAGUUGUGUUGCUACUAGUUGUCUAGCCAUAAGGAAUAUGCCCAUGUUUGAAUCAGUGUAUUAGAGACUUCCAUAGAGUGCGGUCUGUCAGAUGCAGCCAUUAUUUUAAACAAUGAAUUUCCUCCACCGUUA